UCUUUCUCCACUGCUUUAUAGGCAAUGAAACAUCACCAUGUUCAUCCACCUAAGGCAGGGAAGUCUGUCAGGGGAGGAGCAGCACAGAAGAGAAACAAGUCAGAGCAGCACCCAGAACUUGCCAGCAAAAAAGCAGAUGGAGGACAAAAACGGGGACAAGAAAAAGAAGUCACACGGACAGCCAAGAAGAGAGAGAAGCGACAGAGGGAGCAGUCUCCUGAAGCAACAGAAGCAGGUGCUCAGGAUAGAAAAAUGGUGAAGUUGGCCCCUGGCAAAACAGCAGCAUGGCAGCCUCUCUCAGACACCAGCAUGGACCACCUGGGAGGCAUGAUGGAUUCAGUAAUAUUGUGAGUAUCAAGCAUCACC